AUGGCAGUCUUAAGGGAGAAAGAGCUCUACGCUAAUCAAAAGAAGUUUCAAUUUGCAAGAGAGAGAGUGGAGUAUUUGGGGCAUAUUAUUUCUCAACAAGGUGUUGAGAUUGAUCCGAAGAAGGUACGGGCAAUGUUGGAAUGGCCAGUACCUAAGAAAAUGAAGGAGGUGCAGGGAUUCUUGGGCUUGUCUGGCUACUACCGAAGGUUUGUGCAGAAUUAUGGUUGUGUAGCAGCGACUUUGACACAAAUAUUGAAGGGCGGAACGUUUCGAUGGACUGAGGAUGCCCAGUUGGCUUUUGAGAAGCUCAAAACAACCAUGAUGAUGUUACCAGUGUUGGCACUUCCUGAUUUUAAUAGACCGUUUAAGGUGGAGACUGAUGCAUCCGGAUAUGGCAUAGGCGUGGUGUUGGUGCAACAGAAGCGGUCGAUCACUUUCUACAGUCACACUUUGUCAUUGCAAGAUCACACGAAGCUGGUGUAUGAGAGGGAAUUGUUGGUAGUUGUAAUGGUCAUGCAGUAG